AUGUUAAUGCUGAUGAUCCUGAUCUUGUAGAAGAAAUAUUCAAAAUUGCUGUUAGAUUCAGAUAGUAAUUCAAAAAGGAUAUUAAGAUAUGGUCAUAAUGAAUAGGAUUAACCUGCAUUCACUCAACCAUAAAUGUAUGAAAUCAUUAAUAAAUAAAAACCUGUAUUUCAAUUAUAUGAUCAAUAAUUAAGAAAAAAUGGAGUCAUUACAGAUGAUUUUGCAAGUACUGAAAUUAAGAAGUUAAACAAUAGUCUUGAGACUGCUUAUAAAAACAUCUAAAAGGAAACUUUUGAUAAAGUACAUUGGGUACCUAAACCAUGGGAAAAGAUUUAAUAAGUGACCAAAUGGGGAAAGGUAAAGGAUACUGGUGUUGCUUUGAAGGAUUUAUUAGAGUUGAACGGGAAAGUUAAUCAUUUACCGGCUGAGUUGACUGUUCAUCCAUAAGUUAAGAGAAUUUAUGAAUAAAGAAAGUAGUCAAUUGAAUAAGGAAAAGGAAUUGACUUUGGUACAGCUGAAGCUUUGGCUUUUGGUACCUUGUUACAUGAAGGAUUCAGCAUAAGAUUGAGUGGUCAAGAUUGUGAAAGAGGAACAUUCUCAUAAAGACAUGCAGUCCUUAAUGAUCAAAAGAAAGACAUCAAAUAUUAUCCACUUAGAAAUUAAAUACCUGCUGGAGGAAGUAACAGAUUUGAAGUUUAUAAUUCUCCAUUGUCAGAAUAUGGAGUCUUAGGAUUCGAAUAUGGAUAUUCUCAAUCUAAUCCUAAUGUUCUGACAAUUUGGGAAGGACAAUUUGGAGAUUUUGCUAAUGGAUGUUAAAUCAUGAUUGACAAUUUCAUUACUUCAGGAGAAUCUAAAUGGAAUGUACCCUCAGGACUUGUUAUGAUGUUACCUCAUGGAUUAGAUGGCUAAGGACCUGAACAUUCCAGUGGAAGAAUGGAAAGAUUUUUAUAAUUGAUGGAUGAUGAUCCUAACAUUGUAUUUCAGAUGAAAGAGUAGAGAAUUAAAAGAUAAAUUCUCGAUUCUAAUUUCUAAGUGUGUGUCUGUUCAAACCCUUCAAAUUAUUUCCACUCUCUUCGUAGAUAACUAAGAAGGGACUUUAGAAAACCUUUAAUUUUAUUCAAUUCUAAAAGAUUACUUAAAUUUUCUAAGGCAACUUCUGACAUUUCUCUUUUCCUUGAAGGUACCAGAUUCCAUAGAUUGAUUCCUGAUACUCAUGAAGAAAUUAAAGCUCCUAAAGAAAUAUAAAAGUUUAUUAUGACAUUUUAUAGAAAAGACAAGACACUAAAAGAAAUGAUGUUGCCAUCAUUAGAGUAGAAUAAUUAGCACCUUUUUGCAUAUGACCAUUUCAGAAUAGUUGCUUAAUAAUACGAGAAUGCAGAAUUUGUGUUCUGUUAAGAAGAACAUUAAAACUCAGGUGCUUGGCAAUAUCUAGAACCAAGAAUUUAAAAUGUUUUAUCCUUGCUACAUCAAUAAAGCAAAAUUAAACAUCAAUAUUUAACAUUUUGUGGUAGAAGACCAUCAGCAUCAACAGCAAGUGGAUCACCAACUGUACACAAAUAAGAAUUAGAUAAGCUUUUAAAUAUACUCUUUUAAUGA